AUGCUGUGUGGAGCACUUUAUGGCAACCACGCAAAGGCGCGAGGUCACGGGCCCACGCUGUGCGGAGUAGGCUCUCAUGCCUUGGAGAUCAUGGAGAUGGUGGCGGCACUGUGGCGGAGUGCGAGGGGCUAUACGCAGACCAAGGAGUUCCGGAACUACCUGGCCAGCACUCACUUCUGGGGUCCCGUGGCCAACUAUGGCCUUCCGCUGGCUGCCUUUAAGGACAUGAACGCAUCACCUGAAAUCAUGAGUGGCCGUAUGACAGUAGCGCUCAUCUUCUACUCGAUGGCCUUCAUGCGUUUCGCCUACCAUGUACAGCCUCGAAACCUGCUGCUGUUCGUAUGCCACAGCACCAAUGUCGUGGCGCAGAGUGUGCUGCUGAGCCGCUACCUGAAUUACUACUACGGCGGAGGCGUGUUGGCGGCUGUUGGUACCACCGCUGCCACCACCCUUGAUCCCACCAGCGGUCCUGUACCUGUUAGCGACCUUGACGAUGACGACUCCUGCUAGGCAGCCGCCCGCCCCAACCCAUGGUCCCAGAAGCGUGACUGAGAAGGCCCGAUUGAAAGUUUGCAGCUUGCAAACUGAACUGUUCUCCCUAAAGAGACCAGUGAAGUUUGGUUUUUACUCUAAUAAAAUUGCGAGUCUGACUGAAACCUGCAGUUUGGUUAAUAAAGAAGAGAAAAUAGC